AUGCUUGAUAUGUGCAUCACCACGACAUAUCACAGCAGAAUGCAAGAACCGCCCAUGUUUCAAAUGUCACGUCACAAACAGCACCACACUUCGUGCUGCUUUCAAGGAGAGGAGAAAGGUGCUACGGCAUCAUCAUUCAAAGAGAGAGCAUCCGAUUACAAGGAGAACAGCAAGUUCAAAGGAAGCUCAAGCAGAAGCAAAGAAACUAAUACAGGUAAUUCGAGGAUGAAAGUGAACUACCUCAGCAUUCACUCGAACUCGGUACCUGCAGAAGGGCAGACAGUCCUGGAAGUUCUACCGGCUAAAUACCAGCUAAAAAGACAGCCCACAUAUUUACCCACGGGCGAAAUCACAGCAUUAGACCCGACCACGAAGAGUUUGAGGAAAAUCUCAGUCCUUCUAGAUACAGGAGCAGAAAUCUCCUUCAUAGAUACGGCAUUGGCUGCGGAACUGCACCUACCUUCAAUCAAGGAGACACGACUUCGCCUUCACACCUUUGGUUCGGACCAGGUGCAUGAGACAACAUCACGUGAAGUCUCGCUACAAGCAUGGGACGUAGAAGGACGCCCGUUCACACUCUUCCUGCACACUCACGAGAUUUUGACCAAGCCAUUUGAGACUGCUCCUAUCUGUGCAGAUGACGUAGAGUACAUCCUUCAGCACAAGCUGACGGUUAACUUCAAGGAGGGAGGUUCCACUGUUAAACCUUCUAUACUCAUUGGCUGUGAUCAAUUGUGGACCUUAAUCACGUGUGAUGAGCCACACAUACAACUUCCAUCUGGAUUACAUCUGCUUCCAACCCGUCUGGGUUACAUAAUGACGGGUCAAGCAACCAGGUCACUACAAGAAGAGAAUCCGGAAAAGGAAAAAGACAAGUGGGAUGGUUAUUGGACAUUGGAGGGACAAGUUAAUGUAACAACCCUUCCUGACCCACAGUCGGAAACCGAUGAAAAUGAAAAGUGGGACCGGUACUGGUCUCUAGAGUCUGCAGGAACGGAAGAGUUUUCCAGCGCGGAAAAAGAGGAACAAGCUGCAGCAGACCGACAAGUGUGGAAGAAAUUCAACGAGACGAUAGAGAAGCGAGGUGAUGGAUACUACGUGAGGUUACCGUGGAAAAACGUGAAUACCAAAUUACCAGACAACAAAGCGAUAGCCCAAAAUCGACUUCUUUCUGUCUGGAAUUCAUUGAAAAAAGAUGAAAACUUGAUGGCACAAUAUAACGGGGUAUUUGAAGAACAGCUUGAGAAGCAUAUCUUAGAAGAAGUGAGCAUCACCAACUCUCCAAAGGAGUGCGGAGUUCACUACAUUCCCCAUCAAGCAGUACUCACUCCACACAAAACAACCACCAAACUUCGCAUCGUCUUUGAUGCAUCCGCACACUACAGAGGAUGCCCCUCAUUGAACGAUGUUUUACAUCGUGGGCCUGUCAUACUUCCACAGCUGUACGGUGUACUACUCAGGUUUCGAAUCGGAGAGAUAGCGAUCAUUUCGGAUGUGGAAAAAGCAUUCCUUUAA